AUGCUACGCAUUACUUCACAGCGAGCCAGAUUCGCGAAUGUAAUGCAGAAACUCCCAUCUGAUAUGAUGGACGAAAUUUCUGAUGUCCUCUCCGAUUUGCGCGAGCAUGAACCGUACGAUCACUUAAAGGAAGCAAUCCUCAAGCGAACCGGACGUUCCGAGGAAGAUAUGAUCCAAGAGAUACUGCGGAACGUCACUAGAGGCGACAAGACGCCAUCCCAGCUUCUCAGAUAUAUGAGGAACCAGCUGGGAAAGCACAACCGAAGCACGAACGCUACGAGCCUAGUAAAACGGAACGGGCGUUGGCCGACCUUCAACGGCAAAUUCAGGAGCUCCAGAUCUCCCUGCGCCCGCGGACGAGGACAUCGACCCCAUCUCGACGGAGACGAACCCCCAGCCGAGAACGGCGAAGCGACCAGGGUGUUUGUUGGUUUCAUCGCACAUUCGGCGAUGAGGCCAGGAAUUGUAAACCUCCUGUACACACCCGUCGGCCCGGGGAAACGAAUAAACCGGAGAGUCGCGACGACUAACUCUUCCGGUGCCAACACGCAAUGUCGUCUAUUUUACGUUUGGGAUCGACGGAACAAGUUGAAAUUCCUGGUGGACACAGGUGCGGCCAUCAGCGUGGUACCCCUUCAGAACGACCACACCGCUAAGCCCACCCUGAUCAAACUACGAGCAGCGAAUGGUUCCGCGAUAGACACGUACGGAGAAAGGACCCUUACUUUGAAUAUCGGCAUGCGACGCGAUUUCACUUGGACAUUUACCGUGGCCAACGUGAAGGUACCCAUCCCUCGGCGCGGAUUUCCUGGCGCAUUACGCACUGGCGGUCCAUAUGAACCCUAG